CCACCUGCGCGCUCCCAGGCUCCGGCCGCCGCCUCGCUGAGCCCACAAGGAGUCGGGCCAGGGCGGCAGGGCCGGGCUGGGGCUGCGGACGGGAGGACGCGCGAACCCCGCGGCUAUGAAGUGGCCCCCGAGGGCCAGGAGCCCGGGAUCCCCUGAGGAGAGGGGCGCGCGCGGCCCAGGGCAGCAGCCUGGGGGCGCUGGGGCCGGGGCAUAGGGGCCGCCGCCCGCGAUGGACCGCGCUGGGGACGAUCCGGACUCGCCACCGCAGGUGUCCCCUUCUGAGGGUUGCUGACCCCAGCUCUGGACAGCCGCUUCUUCUGACUCCCUCAGGCUGGACUCUGCAAACCUGCUUCCACAAUGGGUAAUGAGGAACUGUGGGUGCAGCCAGCCUUGGAGAUGCCGAAAAGACGGGACAUCCUUGCGAUCGUCCUCAUCGUGCUGCCCUGGACACUGCUCAUCACCGUCUGGCACCAGAGCACUCUCGCGCCUCUCCUCACGGUGCACAAGGAUGAGGGUAGUGAUCCUCGACGUGAGGCACCGCCUGGCGCAGACCCCAGGGAGUACUGUAUGUCCGACCGCGACAUCGUGGAGGUGGUGCGCACAGAGUACGUUUACACCCGGCCGCCCCCGUGGUCCGACACACUGCCCACCAUCCACGUGGUGACGCCCACCUACAGCCGCCCAGUGCAGAAGGCCGAGCUGACACGCAUGGCCAACACGCUGCUGCACGUGCCCAACUUGCACUGGCUGGUGGUGGAGGACGCGCCACGCAGGACCCCGCUCACGGCGCGCCUGCUGCGCGACACAGGCCUCAACUACACUCACCUCCACGUGGAGACGCCCCGCAACUACAAGCUGCGAGGCGAUGCCCGCGACCCGCGCAUCCCCCGCGGCACCAUGCAGCGCAACCUGGCCCUGCGCUGGCUGCGCGAGACCUUCCCGCGGAACUCCACGCAGCCGGGCGUGGUGUACUUCGCAGACGACGAUAACACCUACAGUCUGGAACUAUUUGAGGAGAUGCGCAGCACCAGGAGGGUAUCCGUCUGGCCUGUGGCUUUUGUGGGUGGCCUUCGGUAUGAGGCCCCACGGGUGAAUGGGGCAGGGAAAGUGGUUGGCUGGAAGACGGUGUUCGAUCCCCACCGACCAUUUGCAAUAGACAUGGCUGGCUUUGCUGUCAACCUGAGGCUCAUCCUGCAGCGAAGCCAGGCGUACUUCAAGCUGCGUGGAGUGAAGGGAGGCUACCAGGAAAGCAGCCUCCUUCGAGAACUCGUCACCCUCAAUGACUUGGAACCCAAGGCAGCCAACUGCACCAAGAUCCUGGUCUGGCACACUCGGACGGAGAAGCCAGUGCUGGUGAAUGAGGGGAAGAAGGGCUUCACUGAUCCUUCGGUGGAGAUCUGAGCCUCCGGAUGCAGG